AUGGCGCAGGAGGAGGAUUUGGCAAAGAUGAAAGCAGCCCCGCCCAAGACUUCCCGGGCGAAGUGGAAGCUGGCUUGUGUUGACGAUGGCCGCAGUCCAUCUCAAGAGGGCAUCACCGUCAAGCGAUCGCGUGCAAGGCCUACCAAUAAGAACCCGUCUCCACCAACGACGAGGUCCCUGUCUCUGAAGCCAGCAACGCCGAAAGCCAUCCCCACCACUGCUUCUGCCAAGGUGAAAAAGGCCUCAGGUGAACCAGCACCAGAAGCCUACGUGAACGUUCCCUCCACCAGCAAUGGACUUUUACGGAAGGCACAGAGGGUGACCCGCAAGACGCCAUCGCGUCGCUCCUCCCGGAGCGAUACCACCUCUGCCGCCAUAACGCAGGAGGAGCCGCCAGCCAACAAGGAAGCGGCCCUGCCCAAUACGACCCGGGCGAAGCGGAAGCUGGCUGCUGCCGACGAUGGCGGUAGUCCAUCGCAAGAGGCCACCACCGUCAAGCGGCCACGUGCAAGGCCUACCAAUAAAGACCCGUCUCCACCAACGACGAGGUCCCGGUCUCUGAAGCCGGCAACGCCGAAAACCAUCGGUACCACGGCUUCUGCUAAGGCAAGAAAGGCCUCAGAUGAACCGGCACCAGACGCCUACGUGUACGUUCCGUCCACCAACAAGGGACUAUCACAGAAGCCGCAGAAGGCAACCGGCAAGACGCCAUCGCGGAGCUCCUCCCCGAGCGAUGCCACCUCUGCCACCAUGACGCAGGAGGAGGAGCCAGCCAAGAAGGAAGCGGCCCUGCCCAAUAUGACCCGGGCGAAGCGGAAGCUGGCUGCUGCCUACGAUUGCGGUAGUCCAUCUCAAGAGGCCACCACCGUCAAGCGGCCGCGUACAAGGCCUACCAAUAAGGACCCAUCUCCACCAACGACGAGGUCCCGGUCUCUGAAGCCAGCAACGCCGAAAUCCAUCGCCAUCACGGCGUCUGCCAAGGCAAGAAAGGCCUCCGAUGAACCGGCAUCAGACGCCUAUGCCAGUGUUUCGUCCACCACCGAGGAACUUUCACGGAAGCCGCAGAGGGUUAGCCGCAAGACGCAAUCACGGAGCUCCUCCCCGAGCGAUGCCAUUUCCGCCGCGGCCAAGACUACCAUGCGUGGACAGCGCUCGCGAGGUCACUCCAAUGGCAGCAGCAGACACCGGGCGAAGAGGGGAAGGAACCGUGGCAGAAUUUAG